UGGUACGGUCCAGAUGGGGGCUGGCUGUGGCGGCGCAGGGACAGACCGAGCCGAGCCGAGCCGAGGCAGGCUGUGUGAGUGGGAGACGCUCUGUGGAUUACCGCGUCUCUUUGGACCCGUCCGGACAUUUCCCGCCGCUGUGCACGCGCACACCUGGAGCAGCUCGCGCAGGUUUGAUGUGAGGAGACGAAGAAGAAGAAGAAAGGAGCCGCGGCCGCGCGCGCACUGUGGAUUUAAAUCACUGAUUGGACUUUCACUGCGCGUGCACGUCCAGUCAUGACCGAUUGAAGCUGACUCUUCAUCAGACCUGCAGUCAGCUCUUCUCUCCUCCUCCUCCCCUCCUCCCCUCCUCUCCUCCUCCAUCCCUCCAUCCUCUCCUCCUCCUCCUCUCUCUAUCCACCAUGCUCCCCUCCUCCCCCUCCUCCUCUUCCUCUCUUCUCCUCUUCCUCCUCCUCUCCCUCCUCCUCCUCUCCACCCCCCUCCUCUCUGCCCCGGCUGCUCCUCCCCCUCCCUCCGCGGCGUCGGGUCGGGUGGUGUACCGGGCGUUCGACACCUCCCUCACCCACCUGACGGUCCACCGGAGGACGGGCGUGGUGUUCGUCGGCGCCGUCAAUCGAGUGUUGAAGCUGUCGGCCAAUCUGACGGAGCUGAGGAGUCACAUGACCGGACCUGUGGAGGACAACGCCAAGUGUUACCCUCCGCCCAGCGUCAGGGCCUGCGCUCACAGGCUGGAGUCGUCAGAUAACGUGAAUAAGCUCUUACUGGUGGAUUACACUGGGAACAGGCUGGUGGCGUGCGGCUCCAUCUGGCAGGGCGUCUGUCAGUUCCUCAAACUGGACGACCUGUUCAAACUGGGAGAGCCGCAUCAUCGCAAGGAGCACUACCUGUCCGGAGCCAGAGAGGCUGAUGGGAUGGCAGGUGUGGUUGUUGGUGAGGAUGACUGGACGGCCGACCCAAAGAGGAAGAAGCCGUUGAAGGGCGGCAGUCGCCUGUUCAUCGGCGCCGCCAUCGAUGGGAAGUCGGAGUACUUCCCCACGCUGUCCAGCAGGAAGUUGGUGGCAGACGAGGAGAGCGUCAGCAUGUUCUCGCUGGUCUACCAGGACGAGUUUGUCUCCUCACAGAUCAAGAUCCCGUCAGACACGCUGUCCCUCUACCCGGCCUUCGACAUCUACUACGUCUACGGCUUCUCCAGCCGCACCUACGUUUACUUCCUGACCCUGCAGCUGGACACGCAGCUGACGCAGAUGGACGCGGGCGGAGAGAAGUUCUUCACUUCGAAGAUCGUUCGGAUGUGCUCCAACGACACAGAGUUUUACUCGUACGUGGAGUUUCCUCUGGGCUGCACCAAGGACGGUGUCGAGUACCGACUGGUUCAGGCCGCCUACAAACAGAAACCAGGGCGGCGGCUGGCCCAUGCACUCGGCCUGUCCGAGGACGACGACGUCCUCUUCGUCGUUUUCUCACAGGGUCAGAAAAAUCGCUCUAACCCUCCCAGAGAGACCGUCCUCUGUCUGUUUACCCUCCACGACAUCAACCUGGCCAUGAGAGAGAGGAUUCGCUCCUGUUACCGCGGGGAGGGGCGACUCUCGUUACCGUGGUUACUCAACAAGGAGCUGCCCUGCAUCCACACGCCGAAGCAGAUCGGAGAUGAUUUCUGUGGCCUGGUGUUGAACCAGCCGCUCGGAGGCCUGAGAGUCAUCGAGGGCUCUCCACUGUACGAGGACCGGACCGAGGGAAUGGGCGCCGUGGCUGCUUACACCUAUGGAGAACACACGGUGGUGUUCGUGGGAACCCGGAGCGGACAGCUGAAGAAGAUCCGUGUGGAUGGGAUCCCCCCGCCGGCCCAGAAUGCUUUGCUGUAUGAGACGGUGACGGUGGUGGAAGGGAAGCCGAUCCUGAGAGACAUGGUGUUCAGUCCAGACCAUCAGUACAUCUACCUGCUGAGCGACAGACAGGUAACCAGACUUCCAGUGGAGAGCUGUGAGCAGUACAGCAGCUGUUCAGACUGUCUCGGAUCAGGAGACCCUCACUGUGGAUGGUGUGUCCUCUUCAACAAGUGCUCCAGACAGGAAGCAUGUGACAAGUGGGAGGAGCCUCAGCACUUCAACACCCGUCUGGACCAAUGUGUCGACAUCUCCGUUACCCCGAGCAACAUGUCCGUCACCUCGCCAGCAACACAGUUGACCAUUCGAGUGCAGAACGUCCCCUCCCGGCGGCUGUCAGGGGGGGCGUGUCCUAUGAGGAAACCGGACAUCACUUCAUCACCACCAAGCUUCAUCAUAUACUAAAACUGCUCUGUGCUCAACUCGUGUACUUCCUGUGUCAGCAGCGUGUUCCCAUGUCAUUGGUGUAAAUAUCGACACAUCUGCACCAACAACCUGCAGGACUGCUCGUUCCAGGAGGGCCGGGUCAGCAACAUGGAGGGCUGUCCUCAGAUCCUCCCCACCUCUGACAUCCUGGUCCCUGCGGGGAUGGUUCGUCCAAUCACGUUGCGAGCUCGUAACCUCCCUCAGCCUCAGUCCGGUCAGAAGAACUACGAGUGUGUCUUUAACAUCCAGGGGAAGGUUCAGCGGAUCCCGGCCGUCCGCUUCAACUCAUCCUGCAUCCAGUGUCAGAACACCUCGUAUUGGUACGAAGGCGACGAGGCUGGAGAUCUCCCCGUGGACUUCUCGAUUGUCUGGGACGGAGAUUUCUUCAUCGACAAGCCGCCGACUAUGAAAGCGUUGCUGUAUAAGUGCGAGGCUCAGCGCUCCAGCUGUGGUCAGUGUCUCAAAGCUCCGCCCACCUUCGAAUGUGGGUGGUGCACUGAAACCAGGAAGUGUCUCCUACGGCAACACUGUCCGACACCCGAACAGAACUGGAUGCACCACGGCCGACACAACCUGCGCUGCAGCCACCCACGCAUUACCAAGAUCGACCCUCUGACGGGCCCUCGGGAGGGCGGGACCCGGGUGACCAUCGAGGGGGAGAACCUGGGCCUGCAGGUGAAGGAGAUCGCUCACGUUCAGGUGGCCGGAGUCCGCUGUAACCCCGUCCCCUCGCAGUACAUCAGCGCUGAGAGGAUCGUGUGCGACAUGGCCGAGGCUCUCCUCCCUCACUCUCCAGGCGGUCCUGUCGAGCUCUGCAUCGGCGUCUGCAGCGCCGAGUAUCGAACCCUGUCCACGCAGACGUACUCCUUCGUGAGCCCCAGCUUCAACCGUGUUCGUCCAGAGAAGGGACCUGUUUCUGGGGGAACCAGACUCACAGUGACGGGUCGACACCUGGACGCCGGCAGCACCGUCACCGUUUAUAUCAACAUGGAGGAGUGUCUGUUUGUCAAACGGACCAAUCGGGAAAUAAUCUGCAUAACUCCUGCCUCCCUGUCGGGCUCUGGCCCCGCCUCCAUCCGUCUGAUGAUUGACAGGGCCGAGGUGACGAGCUCGGAGACCAAAUACGUUUACACGGAGGACCCGACCAUCACCAACAUCGAGCCCAACUGGACCAUCCUCAAUGGCAGCACAGUGAUAACGGUAACAGGAACAAACCUGUUGACCAUCCAGGAGCCCAAAGUCCGAGCCAAGUACGGAGGAGUGGAAACCAACAACUUCUGCACCGUGGUCAACGACAGCACCAUGACGUGUUUGGCUCCUGGUCUGAUUUACAGUAAACCAAACCCACCAGAGGGGGCGCUGCGCCCCGACGAGUUCGGCUUCAUCUUUGACCAGGUUUCCUCUCUGCUGGUCCUGAACUCCACACCCUUCACACACUACCCCAACCCGACCUUUGACCCCCUGGGGAACUCUGGGAUUCUGGAGGUCAAACCAGGAUCACCUAUCAUCCUCAAGGGUAAGAACCUGAUCCCUCCGGCUCCGGGGAACAACCGUCUGAACUACACCGUCCUGAUCGGAGAGUCGCCCUGCCUGCUUACCGUGUCCGAGAACCAGCUGCUCUGUGAUUCGCCGGAUCUCACCGGAGAACAGCGAGUCCUGAUCCUCGUUGGCGGUCUGGAGUACUCCCCGGGUACGCUCCAUAUUUACUCCGACAGCGCCCUGACACUGCCGGCCAUCAUCGGUAUCGGCGCGGGCGGAGGAGUGCUGCUCAUCGCGAUCAUCGCCGUGCUGAUCGCCUACAAGAGGAAGACUCGGGACGCCGACCGGACGCUGAAACGCCUCCAGCUGCAGAUGGACAACCUGGAGAGCCGGGUGGCGCUCGAGUGCAAGGAGGCCUUCGCUGAGCUGCAGACCGACAUCCAGGAACUCACCAACGACAUGGAUGGAGUGAAGAUCCCCUUCCUGGAGUACCGAACCUACACCAUGAGAGUCAUGUUUCCUGGGAUCGAAGAACACCCCGUCCUCAAAGAGCUCGACUCUCCGGCUAACGUGGAGAAAGCUCUGCGUCUGUUCAGUCAGUUGCUGAACAACAAGAUGUUCCUGUUGACCUUCAUCCACACUCUGGAGGCUCAGAGGUCGUUCUCCAUGAGGGACCGCGGGAACGUCGCCUCGCUGCUGAUGGCCGCUCUGCAGGGUCGUAUGGAAUAUGCGACAGUGGUGUUAAAACAGUUGCUGGCCGACCUGAUCGAGAAGAACCUGGAGAACCGGAACCAUCCCAAACUACUGCUGAGGAGGACCGAGUCUGUAGCCGAGAAGAUGCUGACCAACUGGUUCACCUUCCUGCUGCAUCGAUUUCUCAAGGAGUGUGCCGGCGAGCCUCUCUUCAUGCUGUACUGUGCCAUAAAGCAGCAGAUGGAGAAAGGUCCGAUCGACGCCAUCACCGGAGAAGCUCGUUACUCUCUGAGCGAAGACAAACUCAUCAGACAGCAGAUCGACUACAAACAGCUGACUCUGAUGUGUAUCCCUCCGGAGGGCGAGGCGGGCACAGAGGUUCCGGUGAAGGUGUUGAACUGUGACACGGUGACUCAGGUCAAAGACAAACUGCUGGACGCCGUCUACAAAGGCAUCCCGUUCUCUCAGAGACCUCAGGCCGACGACAUGGACCUCGAGUGGCGUCAGGGCCGACUGACCAGGAUCAUCCUGCAGGACGAAGACGUGACCACCAAGAUCGAGAGCGACUGGAAGAGACUCAACACUCUGGCACAUUACCAGGUAACCGACGGCUCGCUGGUGGCGCUGGUCCAGAAGCAGGUUUCUGCUUACAACAUCGCCAACUCCUUCACGUUCACCAGAUCCCUGAGCAGAUAUGAGUCGUUACUUCGAACGUCCAGCAGUCCUGACAGUCUGAGGUCCAGAGCUCCAAUGAUCACACCGGACCAGGAGACAGGUACUAAACUUUGGCACCUGGUGAAGAACCACGAGCACAGUGAUCAGAGAGAAGGAGACCGAGGCAGUAAGAUGGUUUCUGAGAUCUACCUGACCAGACUGCUGGCUACCAAGGGGACACUGCAAAAGUUUGUGGACGACCUGUUUGAGACAGUGUUUAGCACCGCCCACCGAGGCUCUGCUCUCCCAUUGGCUAUCAAAUACAUGUUCGACUUCCUGGACGAACAGGCUGACAAACGACAGAUCAGCGACCCGGAUGUGCGACACACCUGGAAGAGCAACUGCCUUCCUCUCAGGUUCUGGGUGAACGUCAUUAAGAAUCCUCAGUUUGUGUUCGACAUCCACAAGAGCAGCAUCACCGACGCCUGCCUGUCCGUCGUCGCUCAGACCUUCAUGGACUCCUGCUCGACAUCAGAACACCGGCUCGGCAAAGACUCUCCGUCCAACAAGCUGCUCUACGCUAAAGACAUCCCCAACUACAAGAGCUGGGUGGAGAGGUACUACAGGGAUAUUGCCAAGAUGCCGAGCAUCAGUGAUCAGGACAUGGACGCUUACCUGGUGGAACAGUCCCGUCUGCACGGCAACGAGUUCAACACACUGAGCGCGCUCAGUGAGCUCUACUUCUACAUCAACAAAUACAAGGAAGAGAUCCUGACGGCGUUGGAUCGGGACGGAUACUGUCGCAAACACAAACUGAGGCACAAACUGGAGCAAGCCAUCAACCUGAUGUCUGGAAGCAGCUGAGAGGAGGGGAAGGACGAAUGGACUGAUGGAUGGACUGAUGGAUGGACUGAUGGAUGGACUGAUGGAUGGAUGGGGGGAUGGAUGGGGAAGAAGAAUGGGGGAAAGGGAUGUGAGGGUGCUUUGUUUUUCUGAACUGUUUGAACAGUCAGCUGAUCUGCUCAGUGUUGGACCGAACUGACAGCCACAGCUCCGGCCCUUUAGCAAUCAAUCCAUCAGCAAUUUAUUUGUCACUUGAUUGAUUGAUUGAUUGAUCUGAAGACUGAUUAACUGGCUGACUGGGACCCCAACUACCUCCAUUUGGUGGGUUUUGGGGCUGAAAAUCAGUUUCCAAACCGAUUUGGAUACAUUUAUAACGUGACUUCAUCGUGGAACGAGUCGGAACCUUCUCGAUGCAUCUGUCGGUUUGGAUUUGGAUUUAAAUUCAGUGCAGGUGUAACCCUAACCCAAAACAAGGGGUCGUGGCUGUGGAAACUAGAUUAAAGACUGAAUCAGGUUUCACUAAACGAUGGAUGUGGACUCGACCUGACUUCAGGAUUCACAGCCUGGUUUGGAACUGUCUAGAUGCUGGGUUGAAGAACAAAAGGUCAAAUCAAGUUUCCAUCAAAGCUACGGACUUGUUCUGGUCCAAAGGAUCAAGAAACUAAGAUGUUGGUUAGAAGGUCACAGUGAAAUCACAACAGACUUGACCUUACCAUAAGAACCUCAAUGUGUGGACAAAUCCGAGCUAAACAUCAAAAACUCAAGUCAUGGCUUACCGACCUUUGCUGAUGUCUUUACCUUGAAUCCUCAGUCUCAUGUGGAAGGAUCCGGAUUCACUGUUAGAUGUUCAGGUCAAGCUUUAAGAAACGAAGCAUCGAAGUCAGAUCUUGAACUUGUUCGUGAAGGACUGACGUCGUUCCAAGCUUUAACGAAGAAGAAGGAAGCAAAUAAACCGAUGACUUGACCUAAACCUGAAAGGUUGAAGUCAUCGUUGACUGAGGAAGUAAAGACUUGACUUGACCUUGGACUGUUCAGCCGAGCCUCGUCAGGAUCUAGACGUUCCUAAGUUGCUGUUUUAAUUAACCACUCAAUGUUUUUUCUCUGGACAAUCACUCUACCACAGCACACUGAGCCCGAUGCCUACUGACCGACCAGUACCUGUGUCCAUAAACCUGUCUCCUCCAUCUACACCUCCUACUUCCUCAUUUCAUCUCCUUCUCUAUCAUCCCCUUCCUUUCCAUCCUUACUCGUUUCCUCUUUCAUCCCACUCCCUCCCUUCCCAUCAACCCGCUCCGUCAUUGGUCAGUCAUGCUGGCCUCUGGCCUCCUAUUGGCCAGGAAGACUCUUAAGUAAUGUACUGCCCGACCAAUCAAGACUGUGGAAUUCGCCGGAAUCGUGAAUAAUUCAACAGAAAAGAAUCCAGAAUUACGUUUUGAAUACAUUCCAGCACAGGCACACGGCAAGGUCUGUAAAACGGCAGGUUGACUUGGACUGACCGGCAUCUUUCAGGACCAGAACCAGACCUGGAAAAUGGGGUUCUGGAUUCAGCACCAGUUGCUAGACUUUGACGCUGGUUGGUGCAGAACGCUUUACUGUCGGACCUUGCACAUACACCCACAUACAGCCAUGCUUUACAGCGCCAUGCUAACCGUGCCCAGGGGGAAAUACUGUGCAGAGCUACAAGCCCAGUGCCAUGUAAAGACCGGACCGGAUCAUGUCAGAACUGGACCGGACUUGGACCAAACCCGGAUCAAAAACAACCUGGAAUGGAGUUUUAGCCGGACCGGACUCAAGAACUUUUAAGACUUGUGGCCAUAAUUGUAAACAACAAAAAAGAAAGCUAAUAAUAAUAAUGAUGAUGAUAAAGUAUAAAAGAAAAAAAGAAAAAAAAGAAAUACUGAAAUGUUAACAUGUAAUAAGAACUUUGUGGAUCGACCCGUUUGGAUUUUAAGGAGCUGAACUUGUACAAAGCUGAACAUUAUGCUACAUCAGAGUCUGGAGGAAGAGGAGAGCCAAGAGACCGGAUCAGACCGAGACCGACCCGUCAUCAUCACACCAUCCGACCAGACCGGACUAAACCGGAGCGAGCUGGAUUUAACCGGACUGGUUAAACGGGUCUGAACUGAACCUCAGCAAACUGAUGUUUGUUUGUGUGAACAGAUCGGAUCGGAUGGAGGGUCAGUCCGGUCCAGAGGUGUGGGUGGUGUUCGGAGGGGUUAAAUUGUUGCAUGUGUAGCUUUGGAUGUUGUUUUGAUGAAACUUGUACGUCCUGAAGAAGAAUGAGGAUGUUUGACACCGACACUGAACUCAUCUGAAGCUUCAGGUCCACCUGGGUGCUGUAUCAGAACCAACUGUAGCUCAAAGACCUGAACCCGGUGUGAAGCACUCUCAGUUCUCUGUGUGAACCAGGCCGAGCUGCACCCCUCAUCCCCCGUAAACCUCCGGUUCUCUGUGGCAGAACAUUUUCACUGUGGAUCAUAGAAAUGAUUCCGAGCUUCAUCUCAUCGACCCGCGAGCUCCGUGCUCCAUGCAGCUCGGUUUUAAAUUUGAAGAUUGACCCGAGCUUUGAUGCAACAUGUCAAACAUCAUCUGUUCAUGGUUUGCUGAGCUGCACACGUUUCACAUCACUUAUUUAUUUUUCGACUUUAAAGAAAUCCGUCUUUAGUUCAUGUGUGAAAAUGUUCUGCCGCAGACCCGGCGUCUCUUCUGGCUCUCCACGAUGCCAUAAAGCUACAAAGCACCUUUUUUUUUCUUGCUGUUGUUUAACUGUCGUUUGAAUCUUUGGGGCCAAAAGGACCCGAGUGAGGAAGAGGAGGAGGAGGAGGAGGAGGAGGAGGAGGAGGAAGAAGAGGAGGAGGAGGAAGGGUCCUGAUAAAAGACUGCCUUUUAGAUGAUGAAUUAUUAUAGAACAGGGAGGGAAGCCACUACAAUACAACACCACUGUUCAUCCAACCUGUGUGUGUGUGUGUGUGUGUGUGUGUGUGUGUGUGUGUGUGUGUGUGUGUGUGCUGCAGUGGAGACUCAGCCGUUAAAUCACUGAUCGUAUCUGCAGCUCAAUUAAAAAACGUUUUUGUUUUUUUUCACAGCCGCUCCGUGAAAAUCGCUCGAUCGGUAUCUUGGACGUUUUUGAAUUCUCUGAUCAAAUCUUUAUUUUUUUAUUUUGUGCAUAAAUCUAAAUCUCCACGUGCCCUUUAGGCUCAGAGUCGUCGCUCCAGUUGUCGUCGUGGUUUUGAUCAGGAUUCACCUCGUUGUUGUCGACGACGAGAUGAGACGAGUUUAGAGAAACGAGCAAAUCCCAAGAGGAGAAGGUAAAGGAGGGAUGAUGCAUAGGCGAUGGAGGAGGAGGAGGAGGAGACGCCCGCUGCAUGCUGAGAAGUGAGGAAGAGGAGGGAUUACUAUUCAGUUACAGAGAGGAGGAAGAAAGAGGAGGAGGAGGGUCUAUCAUGCAAGAGAGGUGAGGAAGAGAGGGAGCGUCGCACUCUGCAAACGUUAGAGUAGAAUCAGGACGAAAGAGGAGGUCAGAUCCUGUUUGCAUGCUGAAGAGGAGGAGGAGGAGGAGGAGGAGGAGGAGACUCUGCUGGAAUACUGAGAGCAGGAGAAAGGGAGAAUACUGAUCAGAUGGAGGCAACGUCAUCCAUCAAACCAGCUGAGGAAGGAAAGGUCUGAGAGGAGGAAGCACAGUGCACACAAAAUAGAUCCAGUCCUGAUCCUGCACCGUCCAGGACCGACCAGGAUCAGGACUGGAUCCGUCCAGGACCAGUUCACAUUUAAUGAAAUUCAUCACGGAAAGAAAAGAUCCAAACUGAAGGAGGUGAAGGUGUGAGUGCACCUGUACAUAUGUGAUCACAGUUAUCAGUUUGUUUCCUUCAGGAUCAGACUAAACGCUGCUUAAACCGUUUCAGGAACUUCGGUUUGUUCUUCGUGAACUUCCGAACCAUCGGGCAGCAGAUCGGCUCUGAUCCUGUGAAGUGUGUGUCCUCCGUCAUCGAUCUUUUUGUAGUUUGAGGAUCUGGACUGACAGAGACCAGCAUCAUGAAAAAGACGACGAGACCAAGUAGAAACCCUUAAAUUCACCGGUCAGAUGGUUUUUCACUGCAAGUGGCUCGUGUGUGUGUGUGUGUGUGUGUGUGUGUGUGUGUGUGUGUGUGUGUGUGUCAGUGUUGUCUCUACACACACACAUUUUAACACAUCAUAUCCAUCGUCUGAACACACACACACACACACACAGCUGGGAGGAGGUAACAGAGACUGAAGAGACCUGUGGGAGGGCCGGGUCUAAUUCCUGGAACAUUGAUUGAUACCUCGUUUUAGCUGCCAUGUCUACACACACACACACACACACACACACACACACACACACAUUCUCUGGCGGUGAGAUAUUUAUUGUUUUCUGAUUUCUUUUUUUCUUUUAAUUUAUUUUUCUGAGUUGUAUUUAUUGAGGGAGGAUGUAACGAUUUUAUGAGUUUGUACAGCGUUAAAGAGAACGAGGAGCUCAGCGUCUCACACACACACACACACACACACACACACACACACACACACACACACACAUUUGAACGUGCAUCACGUGUAAUAAAACAUCCGUGUUCAGGCUGGGAAACGACCACCGACGCUGUGAAAGGUGUUUGUGUUUAAACCUUCAGACUUCGUCAGUGAUCGGUUUAAAAGUCUGUCGACCAAUCAGAAGUGGAGCUGUAACCUUUAGUCUAAAGGGGGAAUGGUGGAAGACUGGAGUCGGGUUCUGGUCGGUCGUUUCCCGUCCUGUCCUGUUUGUCCAAUAAUCGAGGCAGACGGAUUCGAUCGAUUUGAUCGAUCAGGAUCGGACUCGCCUCGCUCACACAGCGAACAGUCGUUCGACUCGUUCGACUUUAAAUCCAAACGAUGUUUCCUGGAGUUCAUGAGCAGAGACAGGAGCAGGGACAGAGGACAGCAGGGACAGAGGACAGCAAGGACAGAGGACAGCAGGGAAACAGGGUUUUCCAUUGAACAUCAGUGGGGCUAAUCUAAAUGUUGCUAUGAAAUAGAAUUCUUCUAAUUCCCCAUUUGAAAUAAAUGGAAGUUGAAUUUAUUUGAUCGUAGCAGUCAGUGGAUUAUCAAUGGAUGUUAAUCAGGAUUUUGGAAAACUCUUCAACUCCCAUUGAAAUCAAUGUUAGCGCAACUUCUAGGUUCAGAGGCUGGGAACUGGAAAUCAAUCAAUCUUAGAAAAUAAUGUUAUACCAAAACCGAUUUUUUUGUUUUGUUUUGUAAUUUUCCAUUGAAAAUAAAUGGAAGUUGAUUUUAUGUGAUCCUGGCAAAUAUCAAAAUAUAUCAGAGGAAUGUUCCAUUUGAAGUCAUUGGUAGUUAAAUAUGAGUUAUACAACUAUCAUUUUUUUAUAAAUCAGAUGCUGGUCAGUGUUUCCCCAUUGAAAAUUUGACCAAUGGGAGAUUAAAUCUGUACAACAGCCAUUUAUAAUCAAUGGGAAACCGUGUAAGUGAGUGACAGUGCUCCGCUGUUGAAAAUCAGUUUCCCUGAUCUCUCCCAUUGAAAAUCCAUUGGUCCGACCCCCAUUAAGCCCCUCCCACCCCUGCAGACGUUCGGUUGUCUGACAGAUGAGUUGAGCCAACAGCCAAUCCCAGCGGGCUUCAUUGUACCAUAGCAACAGCAAAUCACUGGACUCCCCAUUGAGCUUGAACGGGGAGUCGGAUGUCUUUAUUGUACCAUAAUAUGAUUAUUAUUAUUAUUAUUAUUCAUUUUUAUUCUGAGUCGGUGCUUCUCAGCUGCUGCCGGAUCCACCAUGUUCAAAUUAACUUUAUCUGUAAGCACUUUUCUGAACAAAGUCUUGGAUUUCAAAUUGAAAUUUUUCAAAUCUCGCUGAGUUGUUUCCUGUUUGGUCCUCUUCGGGUCUCUGAGGCUCGGUUGAGAAGCACCGCUCACACUGGAUCUUGUGUCUUAGUUCAGGAUGGGAUUGUUCAUUCAGGCGGCGCUUCAGGUGUCGGAUCACGAGGCGCAUUGUAAACAUAAUAUGAUGAGUACGCUGUGAUGUCACAAACUGAUGUCAUGUAGAGUGAAUAUUUAACGAACCGGGCCAUAAAGAGUCGAGAGAUCCUUCAGGUUCCUUAAGCCUCCAGUUUAUCUUCUGGUUUUGGACCUGAUCCAAAACUGACCCGUUAGAAACCUCCCAGAACUCAACGUCCUAAACCUGAUGUUGGGUCGGUUUAGAGAUUGAUGUCAUUUGGCCUGGCCACCUUCAGAUCCUGGGUUAGGAAUCGAAUAGAGACCCAAAGACCUCAAAUGUUUCUCUGAUCCAACACACCGGUUCUUGUUUCCGAUCUUCACCACAGUCCUGCCGUAGAUCGCGUUGAAUGUUGGCAGAUCUGCAUUCAGGGAGUGAACCAAACAUCCAGACCUCGUCCUGCAGGGAUCCGGCUCUUCGUUGCCUCUGGUCGUCUUCACCCUCCUGUUAAUUAUCGACUUAUUCAAAUUUCUGAUAUAAUGACAUCACAGCGCUCUCAUCCUCCCAACCCACCAAUGAAACGUUGUGAUCCGCCUCCGCUGGUCGUUCUCACUGCAGACGCAGGAACACACAUCGCCUUGAUGCCGUGCUUUCCAGGAUGUAGUCAGGGCCCGUUUUUUGAUACCAUUUGCCAUUGCCUUGUUUUUAUUUUUUUAAUUUUUGCUGAGUUAAAAUGUAAUGAUGAUUAUGAUGAUGAAUCUUCUUCAUGUAAUAGCCUGUGUCAGUUUUUAUACCAUUGCCAUUGCCUUCUGCUGAGUUUGUAUAUUUGUGUGAUUUCACUAAAGUGUAAUGGAAACGUUG